AUGGCUCGCGGAAAUGGCUCUUUCAUUACUCAAUUCAUUUUGGUGGGAUUAACAGAUCAACCAGAUCUCAAGCUCCCUCUGUUCUUCUUAUUUCUAGUAAUGUAUAUUGUCACUGUGUUGGGAAAUAUGGGUUUGAUAACUAUAAUUGGGCUGAAUUCACACCUGCACACGCCCAUGUAUUUUUUCCUUUUUAAUUUAUCUUUCAUAGAUUUAUUUUAUUCUUCUACCUUUACACCCAAAAUGCUAGUUAACUUCAUAUUUAAGCAGAAUAUUAUCUCCUACAUGGGUUGCAUGACACAGCUUUACUUUUUCUGCUUUUUUAGUAUUUCUGAAUGCUAUGUGCUGACAUCAAUGGCCUAUGAUCGCUAUGUGGCCAUCCAUAAACCACUUUUGUAUAGCGUUGUCAUGUCCCAUAAAGUGUGUUCCAGCCUUAUGCUUGGUUCAUAUUUUAUGGCAUUUUCUGGUGCCACAGCCCACACUGGAUGCAUGCUGAGACUGACCUUCUGUGAUGCAAAUACCAUCAACCAUUAUUUGUGUGACAUCUUCCCUCUGCUCCAGCUCUCCUGCACGAGCACCUACGUCAAUGAGCUGGAAGUUUUCAUUGUGGGGGGCAUCAAUGUCAUUGUGCCCAGUGUCGCCAUUUUUGUCUCUUAUGGUUUUAUCCUCUCCAGCAUCCUCCACAUCAGUUCCACAGAGGGCAGGUCCAAAGCAUUCGGUACCUGCAGUUCCCACAUUAUUGCUGUUUCUCUCUUCUUUGGAUCAGCUGCAUUUAUGUAUCUCAAACCAUCUUCUGCUGUGUCUAUGGGUGAGGGAAAAAUCUCUUCUGUCUUUUACACCAAUACAGUUCCCUUGAUGAAUCCCUUAAUUUAUAGUUUGAGGAACAAAGAUGUCAAAAUUGCUCUAAGAAAAACCCUCAGUAUGAGGAGGUUUUAA